GUCAGACGCAACCGUGCUAUCACUCGGUUAACCCCGUCUUUCUAUUCGUGCAGACACUAAGUUUACCGAGGUGGAUCGCCAUUUUGUAUUAUUAUGAAUUUCCGUUGUAAUAAAUAUCGUAAAAGUUUCGCGUUAGGAUCAAAUUGAUAUAUAUAUUACUUGUUAGAAAUUCUAAUUAAUGUGUAAUUGUGCCACAUCUUAUAUUAAUUUAUAGAAUAUGAAUGUUCUUAGUAUAUUUCAAAUUUGAAUGGAGUCAUCGGUUUGCAUUCUUAUUAUAACUAACUUCAAAUAAAAUAUAGAAAAUAUGCCGUAUUUAAAUACAUCAGAAUUGUAUAAUCAGUUGUAAUUUUUUUUAAUAAAAAUUUUCAAUAUUUUCAUAAUGAAAGUGAUUCAUUAUUAUCUUUAGCUUAUUAUUAAAGAUAUAUUUUAUACUUUUGAUAUACUUUAAUACAAAUUGUAACUUCCAAAAGUAUCUCAGUUUUUAAAAGAUAUUGUUUAAAUAGAAAUUUCAGUUUUCCCAAAAUAUUUUGUAACAAUUCAGAAAUCUAGAAAAAUUUCAGAUUGUUUUAAUGAAAUAUGAAUAGUUAAUGAUACAAAUCUGAUCAUUUAAAAAAGUUAUAGAAAUGUCUGUUCAUUAUAAAUUCAAGAGUAGCUUGGACUUUGAUACUGUAACUUUUGACGGGCUACAUAUAUCUGUUGCUGAUCUGAAAAAAUCUAUUAUGCAACAAAAGAAAAUUGGAAAAAGUGCAGAUUUUGAUCUUCAAAUAACAAAUGCUCAGACAAAGGAAGUUUAUGAUGAUGAUGAAACACUUGUUCCAAAAAAUACUUCAGUGAUUGUUGCUAGGGUACCAGUUUUAUCAACUUGCAAGAAAGUUUGGGAAAGAGGAGACAUACAAGUUUCAACUCAGGACAUAGAUCCAGGCAGUCAUGUCCGUUUUGACAAGCUUGCUAAGACUGCAGACCUAGCUAAUGCUAUUGCAAGUGAAGAUGAGAAAAUAAAAGCAAUGAUGACACAGUCAAGUCAAGAAUAUGAUGUCUCUAAAUAUGUGAAGAGCCGCAGUAUGACUGGCCCUCUGCCUCCAAAUUAUACUUGUUAUAGAUGUGGAAAACCUGGACACUGGAUUAAAAACUGUCCAACAAAUAAUUUGGAAAUUAAAAGAAGUACAGGAAUUCCACGCAGCUUUAUGGUUCCUGUUGAUGGGCCAGAGCAUAAAGGUGCUCUUCUCACUAGUACUGGAGAAUUUGCAGUCCCACUUAUUGAUCAUGAAGCUUAUAAAGAAGUCAAAAAGGAAAAACCACCAUUUUUGAAAGAACCAGAACCAGAACCAGAUCCUGAACCAAAACUCCCAGAAGAUUUAUUGUGUAUGGUUUGCAGAGAUUUAUUACAGGAUGCAGUACUCAUACCAUGUUGUGGAGAUAGCUUUUGUGAUGAAUGUGUCAGACAAGUAUUAUUGGAUUCAGAGAAUCAUGAAUGUCCUGUAUGUCAUGAAACAGAUAUAUCACCAGAUAAUUUAAUUCCCAAUCGCUUCUUACGAACUCAAGUUAUGAAUUUCAAAAAUGAGACAGGUUACACUCGUGUUAAAGGUGGCCGUUCCCAACCUGUUGAAAAUCUUCCUAUAACACAAAUUCAAUCUCCAGCUGUUACUCCAGUGCAUCUUUCACCUGUAAAUACCAUUAUGGUUCCACCUUCUCCACUGCAGUCUCAAACACCUCCUACCAUCCAGAUAAGUUCACCCUCACAUAUAAUUAAUGAAAAUGAAGCAUCAAAUUCUCUUCAAAAUGAAUGUCAUGAAAAAAUUUUAGAAGAAGCAUCAGUUGUUUGCGAAGAAGUUAAAUCUGAGUCACAGAUUUUGCAUUCUCCAAAUAAUGAUACUUUGGAGAAACAUGAAUCAACACACAUUGGAAUAGAGCUUGAUGAUAAUCAACCAGGAACUCCUUUAGCUGAUGAACCACCUGUUGAUUUAGAAACUGAGUUGGUUACAGAUCAGAAAUUGUCUACUGAUGCAUUGCAGAACACAUUAGAUUCUCCUUAUGUUUCAUCACUUCCUAUUGAUGGUGUUUGUAUUGAAAGUCAAGGUGAUAAUUCACUAUCUCCAAGAAUGGAUAAUAUAUCAGGAAACACUAUUAUGACAAUUACUACACGUGGUCCAAAAUAUAUGCAUUCGGGAUUCAAUACUUACAGUGGAUGUCUUCAAAAUCAACAUUCAAGACAGUAUCAGUCACGAUCUAAUUCUUCUAGAGGACCGUCCCAUGCAGAAACUGCCCAGCACAGUAUUGGAUUUGACGGAGAAUGGAAGGCUUCCCUUUCCCUGCAAGAACAGGAAGAGCAUUUGAAACAGUGCAGUAGUAAUGAGCUUGAUGAUAAUCAACCAGGAACUCCUUUAGCUGAUGAACCACCUGUUGAUUUAGAAACUGAGUUGGUUACAGAUCAGAAAUUGUCUACUGAUGCAUUGCAGAACACAUUAGAUUCUCCUUAUGUUUCAUCACUUCCUAUUGAUGGUGUUUGUAUUGAAAGUCAAGGUGAUAAUUCACUAUCUCCAAGAAUGGAUAAUAUAUCAGGAAACACUAUUAUGACAAUUACUACACGUGGUCCAAAAUAUAUGCAUUCGGGAUUCAAUACUUACAGUGGAUGUCUUCAAAAUCAACAUUCAAGACAGUAUCAGUCACGAUCUAAUUCUUCUAGAGGACCGUCCCAUGGAUCAUCUCGUACUUCUCGGUCUUCACGAAAUUCAUAUGGAACUCCUCCAAGAGAACGUUAUAGACAAGCAAGAAUGGAGCGAAUAGAACGAAAUUCUGAGCCAUCAAAUUAUAAACUGUCAUAUAAACAAUCAUAUGGAUAUGCACAACAGAAUCCUUCACAAUCUGUUUCACGGAAUUAUCAAACACAAUCAGCUGGACCACCUCAAAGUUUAGCAUCUCAGUCAAGAUACAGUCAACAGAUUCAAACGCACAGAACUAAUAUUCCUCCAGAAUAUGUCACACAAAAUAUUCAAAGACCUCAUCCUCCACCACCUGGGUUACAACCUAAUUAUUCUGUUCAACCACCUCCUCCAGGUUCUUCUCCAUUGAACAUGCAUGGCUUAUCUGUGCCUCCUUCCCAACCACCACCACCUGGUGUUGGUCCCAUUAUGCUAACAGGUCCUCCAUCUCACAAUUCUAUAUAUCCAUAUUCACAUGAUGCAUUCUACCGAGAAACUCGGCGAUUGAAAGACAGAAACAGAAUAGGAGAUCCUAUGGAUGAUUUUGCUCGUGAGUUAUUAGAAUACAGACGGGAACAACAGCAUAGACCACACUCUAGAUAUCAUUCAAGAUCGCGUUCGUCGUCGUCUCAUUCUUAUAAUAGUUCAAAAUCAUGGCCACAUUCUGGAUCACGAUCUAUAUCUCAUUCUUGUUCAAGGUCACGUUCUCGUUCAUUUAGUAGUCGAUCUAGAUCUCGCUCAAGAUUACGUUCUAGAUCUAGAUCAUUUUCUAGAUCAUCUCAUUCAAGAUCAAGAAGCAUAAGUAGAUCUAGAUCUAGGUCUAGAGGAAGAACUUCCCCACACCAACGUUCUAGAUCAAAUUCUCCGAAAAAUUUUGUUAGAUAUAUUCCAAGGUCGCCCUAUCAUCAAAAGAAGGAUUAUGCUACAAAUUUUUACAAUCCAACAUACCCUGCCUCAUAUACAGGUUCCAUUCCACAUCACAAUAUUCCUAUAGAACACUAUGCUGAUAGGUCAAGAUAUUAUCGCGAUCAAUAUAGAGUUUACGAGGAAUAUCACAAUCCAUAUAAUAGUCCUAGAUACGAACAACAUGACCAGCGGUAUGAUAAUAAAUAUAUGCAUGAGUAUCCGAGAUUCGAUGAGAUUCAGCACAGGGCAAGAAGUCGCGAAUUAGAAAAAUCCGAAAGACCAAGAAUUAGCGAAAAUACUUACAGAAGAGAGAAUGCAUCAAAAUCAAAUACAGAAAAGAAGAUAAAAGAAAGUGAAUCAAAAGAGAAUGCAGAUAAUUUUGCUAAAAAUAAAAAGAAGGAUGAAAAAGUUAAACAUAAGAAACAUCAUCAUAAAAACCGCGAAAAUAAAAAAGAGGUUAAACACGAAGUGGAGCAUAAGAAGAGAGAACUAGUGGAUGAUUCAAAUAAGCCUGAGCUGAUUGAUACGCAAAUAAAAACUGUAACUGAAACAAUGGAAGAACAAAAAGCAGUUCCGGUUCAUGAAGUUAAGGAAAAAAAGCAUAAACACAAAAAGAAAAAAGACAGUGAAGAAAAGAAAAAGAAAAAAGUAACUCAUAAUCCGAAUGAACCGGAAAAACCCACCAAAACUAAAAAGAAAAAAGCAAAAAAAGAAAAUGAAAAAACUCAUCAGAAAUCCCAGUCAGUGGAAAAAUCAGAAAAAAUUCCUAUAAACGAAGAUUUAAGUAAUAAAGUUAACAUUCAGAAUGAAAUCGUUUUAGAAGAAAAUGUUUCUGUUCCAAAAGAAUCCGAUGUCUUAAAACAAAAAGUUAAUAUCGAAGAAGUUAAACCAAUAGCAUUAAUGAAAGAUGUUCUUCCUCCAUUAGAACAAAUUAUAGAAGAAAAACCUGAAAUUAAGCCUACUUUUGAACCUAUUGAAGAACCGAAAAUUAUCUUAAUGGAUAAUGCUGAUGAAAAUGUUUAUAAAAACGAAAACGAGACAACUGUAGAAAAUACUGAUGAAAAAGUGUUGUCACCCGAACAAAUAGAAUUAUCUCCUAGAGAACCGGAACAUCGCGAUGUGAUUCCAACUGUUAGUGAAGCAAGUGCUCCAGAAAUAAGUUUUGAAUUACCCGAGAUAUCUAAAUGGGAAAGGGAAGAGUUCGAAGAAGAAGAAAAAUCUUCAAAUGAUGAUUCCAAUUCUUUGCAAAAAGAGAUGAGAUCUUCGCUGUCUUCUGAUAUUAUUCAAAGAGCAGAAAAGGCAAUUUUACAAAAAGCCCUUAAGACUGCAAUUGUAGGUCCUCCAGUUUCCAGAGAGAAGCAUACUUACAGAGGAAUGGAUCGAAAAACAGAAAAAUCAUCAAGAGUCGCAGAAGCGCCUAAAGAUACUGUCCUAGUCGUAUCCAGUAUGAAAGAUAAAGAAAAAAGUAAAGAACAAUCAAUAGACAAAGAAACAAAAUCAAAAGAUAAGUCUGAAGAAGCUUCGCUUCAGAUCACUAUAUCUGCAGAAAAGAACAAACGAUCAGUGCAAACGACUAAAGUGAAAAGCAGUAGUUCCAAAGACAAAUUAUCAGAUAAUUCUCAGAUUAAGAAAUUAAAAUUAGACAGAUCCAAAUUUUUAGAAAAGAGUAAAAAUGAAGCAUCAUUAAAACAUUUUAUUAACGAAGGAAUGACAGCCGAAAAAGUAUUCUCAAACGAUAGUUCGAAAGAAUUUAGCAGCAAAAGUCUUCCUAGAAGAAAAGAUAAAAUUAUUAUAUGUAAAAUAGAAAAGGAUAGGAGAUUUAAUUUAGAAAAUGAUCAAGAAAAACAAAGUAGUCACGAAGAAGAAAGUGAUUCUAGAUCAAGAAACGUUUCUAGUAAAAAAUCCCCCAGAAGAUCAAAACCUGCCGACAGUAAUUCAUUUUUCACAAAACGAACAUACGAACAUAAUGAUCAUAAACGUGAGAUAAGUGAUAGUUCGGAAAGGGAAUCGAAAUCAAGAGAAUCGCACGUCGAUCACGACAGUGAGAAACGGUCAUCUCAUUCUAAACGAGUAAUUAAUUUAGAUGAAAAAAUAAGAAGAAAAGAAGAAGUAGAAAGGUCAUCGUCGAGAGAUUAUAAAGAUAACCCUGUUUCAUAUCACAGAGAGAGAGAAAAAUAUCGAGAAGAACCAUCUAACGUUAAUGUAGAAAAAGAAGAAAGAUCGCGCUCUAGAAGUUUAGAUUCUGGUCAAAGCAUCGAUAAUAAACAACUCCACUCUUCCACACAAGAUAGAAGCGACGAUAGAAAGAAAAGAGUUCCGAAAAGAAGGAUAAGUAGCCAUAGCUCCACUGCUGAAAUAAAACAGAAAGAAAAGGCUGUAUUUAGUGAACGAAUGAAAGCACCAAAGCAUUCAAAUAUCGAUAGUAGAGGUUUCCAAGAACCACAUGUUAGAAACCGAAAGGAAUCGCUACACGACGAAUCGAAAUUUGAGCCUAAUUACGACGAAACUAGUGAAUCCGAACAAAGUAGUGACACGGAGGCAAAAAUUAGGAGAUCCAGGCAUAACGAAGAGAAAUCAAGGAAACAUGUAGAUCAAAUUCUCGUUACGAGAACAAGUGAUAAUGAAAUAGAAAGAGAGAAAGCGAGACAAGCUGCUUUCAGACACGAACUUCAUAGAGAUAAAGUAGAGGUGAAGAAAAGAGAAAGGUCUGUUAGUCCACAGAGUUCUUCGGGAAGUUCGCCGUGUAGCAACUUUUCCGAUGUCGAUAAAUCUUCCGCGAAAAGACACAAAAGCGAAACACCCGAUUCAGACUUAAAAUUAAGACAUAGGAAAUCUAAACACAAAAAGCACAAAAAACAUAAGCGGAAACAUAAGAAAAGGAAAAGUCAUAAAUACAGAGAGAGAUGAUCUUUUUCUUAAAAAUGCCGUCUUAAAAAUACUUACAUUAUAAUGCGUGAUUUUUGACACGUUACACGGAAAAAGAAUCGACACACAUAUUGGUUGUGUUACACAAGUUGUGUAUGAGUUGAAUUUCUGCCGAUAUGCGAGUCUAAAAGAUUCUCUAACAUUAAUAUUCUUUUAGUAAUAUACAAAAUUAUAUGUACAAAACAUAGUUUACGUGGCCAUUAAUUUCUCAUGAAAAUUGUAAGUGACUUUGAUAAAUGAAAUCGUCUUGCGAGUGAAUAAAUGCAGUAUUUUGUUCGGUUGAAUUUUAUAUAUGUGUAGUAUAUAUAAAAUUCAUUUCAUUUGUAAAGGCAGCAGGUUGGCAUAUGGGAAUGCCAAAUGCAUUCUUAUUAAUAUUGUAUUGUAGAAAAUUGUGUAAAUAAAUGUUUUGACA